AUGCAGCUUGGAACAGCACCACCAUACGCCACCAAAAGAAACCACCAGCCCAGCCGGAAAAACUCGCUCCUUUGCCAUACCGCCACAAACCAUCCAACCAUGCCUCCGAUUCCGUGA